GCCGUCUUGACUCAAAGGGAGGUCACGUCGGCCAAUGCUGGCCUGGCCAGCAGCCGUGCGUUCCGCGAACCGUGGGCAGGCACGUAAAAGAGGGUGCGGAGGGCGCCGCACCCUUGAUCUAUAGAAGUCACCGAUCUCCCGGACUCACUACCAGCUUCAGCAAUGGAGAUCACGGAGGCGGCGCAGUGGGCCUUGAGGGUCGUGCUUCCCAUCGUGCUGUUCGUCAUCUAUCCCAGAUCCAAUCCCGGCGAUGAGAAGGGCUACUCGGGGCCGACGGGAAACACCCACACGCGAGGGAAGAUGCUCGCGCGGCGGAAGCUGGUCGACGGUGACAAGCCCGCUUUCUUGGCCAACCUCUGCGUCAAGUCCCAGGCAGAUGCGCCCGAGCUCUUCCCAGCAGCGGGCGGCCUGGGCGCGGCGGCGGCAAGGGCGAGCGCCGCGAGAGGCCCGCCGACCGCGGAGAGCGCGGGGGCGAGCGAGGGGGCAGCGCGCUCGAGAUCAGUGCGCCCCCCAGGCGAAGGAAUCGAGGUGGCGAGCGGGGUCAGAAGCCGCGCGAGAAGAAGCCCGACAAGAAGGACGGGUCGGCGGCGCGCAGAGGGGAGGAGGCGGAACUCUCUCGAGAUGCUUAGGUGGAACGUAUCAGGCGUGAAGAGUUUCAGGCGCCGCUCUAGUAGCGCGGCGCCGUCCACGUACGGUGCCGCUUCGAAGCAAAGCUCCACCGCCCGCGUUCAAUUCCAGGCGGA